AGGCAGUCUGCAGUCAGUACUCAGCAGCAAAAGCAGCGGCGCAGCGCAGCGCCCCCGAACCCGUCGUAAUGAUUUUCUAAAAUGGCGUCACACACCGACGUCCGACACCGCCGCCGACGCGACAAUUGACAUUUCCGGCAACGUCCGCUCGUAGCGCGUUGCACAACACGUACCGCCGACGGUCCGUCAUCUCUGCUGCCGCCGCCGCCGACCGGUUACUGGUUAGGUUAACGCACAGGCUCGUUCGUCUCCGCCGCCGCCGCCGUCGCGUUGUUGUUAUUAUUGUUGUUGUUAAUUAUUGUUUUUUUUUUCUUGAUUUUUUUUUUUGAAAUUUAUUAUUUUCGUCUCGUUUCCCCUCCGGUUUGUACUCGGACGACAAUUAGUAUUUCGUCGAUUGUCGUCCCGUUUGUUUCCCUACCACCAGCUCGACGCCGCCUCGACACGACAAUCGCGAUUAUCUCACAGUCGCAACUUCCGCGGUCGGACGACGACGUUUACGCGCGCCCGUUUUGUCGAUCGAUAAACCAGUCUCGUGCGCGUGUCRCCGUCGCCGACUCCAAUCGUCCGAGUUUUUCCACGCCGCCGUUUCCCGAUGAUAGUGUUGUCGUCCUAGCCGGCGUUGUCGCGGUCGUCUUSGUAGACAACAUCCGACUUUGCUUCCGCUGCCAACAAAAGCGGKCCCAUCGCCGUCGUCCAACACGCCAUGGGGAUUAUUUGAUACUAAAAUUGUUGAUGGAUUACUGUGACCUUAUAGAUAAAUUAUGUAGAUAGAAAAUUAAUUGUUGGUACAUUUGUGUAUAAGAAUAAACAUAAAAGACAAAAAAAUGGCUAGAAUGUUGCAAGAGAAUGUUGUUACCUAUAAAACRCCAGCUUUGGCACAUUUAUUCCAUUCAUUCCCACAUCUAAAUGUCAGUGGUCACCAUGUGAACUCCGCGUUUGCCCCAUGGAGUGAACUUUAUUUGGAAUCACUUGGUAUUCUUGGUUCUAUUCCUUCGGUGUGGUUGAUAAUUACAAUGUUUUUAUUGUUGAUUUAUCUUAUGACGAGAUGCUGUGAUCGAAAACCUCGACCAAGGCAUAGUAUUGUUGUGCUCAAAUGGACCUUAGCAAUAUUUACUGUUUUAUCAUGUGGUGCCGUUGGCGUUAGCUUAUAUGGUAAUGACGAUUUACAUAAUGGAGUUGUUCAAUUUCUGACAUCUGCUAGAGCUUUGGAUGACUUAGUUAUUAGUGUUAAAAAUCAAACAUCAGAUAUUGAAAUAUUGCUUCAAGUAAAUAUUCAAGACAAACUAACCAAUAUAGGUGAUAUCAUUGAUUUACCAGUAGCUAAUUUGACUGCUCGAGAACAAAUUGUAUUAGCUCUUUCCACUUUAAUUGGUAACGCAGCUUCAACAUUGUCAAAUAUUCGUGGUAUCAGUAAUUCUUUACGUGGAGUAAAUCUGACUCCUUUUAUCGAUGAUGUGUAUUUAAUGGAAACAAUAAGAUGGCCAUUGACUAUGGGUGUUCUAAGUAUUCUAUUGGUAUUUUGUGUCAUUCUUUUAUUUGGAGUAGCCAGGCAUUCUCGUUGUGCUUUAAUCAUGUUCUCUGUUUUUGGGCUUUUUGCUGUCAUCAUAUCCUGGUUAACUGCAUCUAUUUAUUUAACUGCUGCAGUUGCAUUGGGUGACUUUUGUAUGAAUCCAAAUGAAUGGUUAGAACGUGAUUGGACUCCAUCAUCACUGCGUCCAGACACAUUAUCUUUCUACACAACAUGUGAAGGUAGUAAUAACCCAACUGGUAGUACACGGACAAAUCCAUUUAGUAUGGCAAUACGUCAAGCAUCAACUUCAGUAGAUGCAACUAACUACCAGCUCGAUAUUGUAACACAUCUUGCAACAACUUUAUAUCCCCCCUCUACUACUAGAGAAGAUAUGCCAUUAUUAUUACGAAAAAUGAGAGUGGAUGUUGAAAACGCUGCUAGAAUGGUUUCUGCUUUACCUGCUUCACUUGAAUGUCGACAAAUACACGUACAGUACAAUCGAGCUUUACAUGCCUCUUGUGAUCUUGCCUUAUUUGGAUUGGCAUUAAUGUUAUUAGCCAGUGCAGUAUCUGGGAUAUUCUUUACAAUUUUGGUGUGGUUAGAUUCUCACACAUGGAUAUACAUAAGAAAGAAACAAGAUUAUGCUAAAGCAGAAGAAAGAGAUCCUUUCCUAGGACGACCAGGAUCCACAGCAAGUAGUUCACAAUCUCAUGGACAUCAGAUGUCUACACUUACACGAAACCAAGGACCACGAGAUGAAUAUGGAAUGGGUAGUGGUAUAGCAACGUUAAAUGGCCGUAAUGGUGGUUAUAUGCACGAAAGCGGUCCAUCAAAAGUUGGACCACAGUAUGCUACGUUAAACCGUAAAUUCCGCACACUUGAACAUCCAGGUGCGCGUGGUGCACCACAUCCUCCGCCAUCAUUCCGCGGUGUACCUACCUAUUCCAAUACUCUAGGGUACAAUCGCAAACCUAAUCAGUCAAAUGAUCGUCAAUACUCUACAUUAAGUCGUAAAUGCAAAACACUAGAAUCUUCGGAUUUCUACUGAAAUGAACCGACCUCUGCCGAUCAAACACAAAUAUCGACCAUAAGUGGCAGUUCACUGUCAACAUUUGCGAGACCUACACCUGUACCUGACACUUCCUAUCAGAUUACAGAGUUGUAAUGGUCUAGCAAGUAUUAAAAAUUAUUUUGUAUGGCCUUUUAAUGUUAUCAUGCUAUCAUUUUGAAUUUGAGCACAGAUUAUUGAAAAUUUACAAACAUCUGGGGAGGAUGGUUAUUGAGCAAUAUGUGUCAUCAAUUUUUAUUCACGGUUUUGUAGUUUAUUAGGGUCAUGUAUGUUAUAUUUUAUUUUAUUUAACUUUUAAACAUUUGUUGAGUAUUUUUAUUAUUAUGAACUUGUGUUAAUUUAAUAACUUCACAAAUUAUUCUUUUUUAUUAGCUUUACGUUUGUUUCACGUAUUCUCCAUUUAAAUAUCUUUGGGUUUAGUAACUUUUAUAUAAUUUAUAACAGUACUUUAACCUCUUUGUUUCUUUUUUUAUAGAAGUGUAAUAUUUAAUGUGUACAGUUUUUUUUUUUUUUUAAUUUUCAACAUAUUAACAUUGAAAUUUUUAAGUGCUUAAUGGUCUAUCCUAAAUCAUAGUCUAGUCAAUGAUAACUGGCUCAUUUUCAAUGAUGUAUUUGGCCCACAAAAUUAAUAAUAAAAUGUCGUUAAUGUGUUUGGCAGGGGUCGUCCCAUAUUCCCUAAUCAGAUUUAUAUUUUUUUUUUUUACUAGUUCCUCAGUUUAAGAGAUUAAGUAACCAUUAUUAUUCUUCCUUUUUCAUAUUAUGUAAAACAAUAUUGUUAUAGAUAAUAAUAAUAUGUUUUUGUAAAUAAUAAUUAGUAACAAACAUUUAGUUUUAUAAAAUGAUUAUAAUAUUCACAUGUCCACAUUGUUUUAAUUUUGAUUUUAAUGAAACACAUAAGCUUAAUAAUGAUCUUUCAUUAUUCAAAAAAUAUUCCAGAAGCGAUUAAGUUUUUUCUAUUCCAGUAUUUAGGAACUUUGUUCACAGAUUUC